GCGAAGAGUUAGGCUCCGACUGUCGCCGAGAUUCAGACGCGUCUGCGACACAGGGCCAGACCACCUCGGGGACAAGCAGAAAACUCGGCUCCCGCCCUGGGGCUGGUGAAACAUGUGCCGGGGGACACAGUUUGACAGUUGCUAGACGAUGUUUCCACUUCUGAUCGUACUCAGCCAGCUGCCCAGACUUACCCUCGCAGUUCCUCCUUGUUCAAGAAGCCUAAAGGAUUCCGAACAUGCCCCAGAAGAAAUCUUUGCAUCAAAAGAAGCUGCAAACAUCUUUAUGCACCGCCGCCUCCUGUACAAUAGGUUUGACUUAGAACUCUUCACGCCUGGAGACCUGGAGAGAGAGUGCUAUGAGGAGUUCUGUAGUUAUGAAGAAGCCAGAGAGAUUUUGGGGGAUGACGAAAAUACGAUCACAUUUUGGCGGGAUUAUUCAAUUAAAGGACCAACCACAGGAUCAGACGUUAACAAAGAGAAAAUUGAUGUUAUGAGCCUUCUGACUGGAUUCAUUGUUGCUGUAGUACUCUUGGUUGUUUUGGGCUUACUUAUUUACUACCUGUGUAUCACCAAGUGUAACAGGCAGCCAUAUCCAAGCUCUUCAGCUGUAUACACAAGAACGGCCAGAUAUACACCCUCCAUCAUUUUCAGAACACCUGAGGAAUCUGUCUUGUCUCCAUCACCAUCUUCAGAGGAUACAGGACUACCUUCCUAUGAACAGGCAGUAGCACUGACCAGAAAGCACAGCGUCUCACCACCACCUCCCUAUCCUGGACCUGCAAAGGGAUUUAGGGUAUUUAAAAAGUCUAUGUCACUCCCGUCUCACUAAGCCUACCUGGCUGCCUUG